AUGAGGGUCGUCAUCAAAGGUGGUGUUUGGAAGAACACCGAGGAUGAGAUCCUGAAGGCGGCUAUCUCCAAGUACGGCAAGAACCAGUGGGCGCGUAUCUCGUCGCUGCUCGUCCGCAAGACGCCCAAGCAGUGCAAGGCCCGCUGGACCGAAUGGCUCGACCCGGCGAUCAAGAAGACCGAGUGGUCCAAGGAAGAAGACGAGAAGCUCCUCCACCUCGCCAAGCUCAUGCCGACCCAAUGGCGCACCAUCGCCCCUAUCGUCGGGCGCACCGCGAACCAGUGCCUCGAGCGCUACCAGAAGUUGCUUGAUGAAGCCGAGCGUGCGGAGAAUGAGGAGCUUGGGCUGGCGGGCGUGGACGAUGCGGGACCGAGUGCGGACGAUGUCAGGAGGUUGAGGCCGGGUGAGAUUGACCCGGACCCUGAGAACAGGCCGGCGAGGCCUGACCCGAUCGACAUGGAUGAGGAUGAGAAGGAGAUGCUCUCCGAGGCGCGCGCGAGGUUGGCCAACACCCAGGGCAAGAAGGCCAAGCGCAAGGCUCGUGAGCGCCAGCUCGAGGAGGCUCGUCGACUCGCUAUCCUCCAGAAGAAGCGCGAGCUCAAGGCUGCGGGUAUCUUGAUGCGCGCCAAGCCGAAGAAGAACGGGAUGGACUACAACGCCGACAUUCCGUUCGAGAAGCAGCCUGCGGCGGGCUUCUACGACACGAGCGAGGAGCAAGCGAAGCGAGUCGCCGCUCCGACGGGCAAGACGCUCCGCGAGCUCGAGGGCCACAACCGCAAGAAGGACCGCGAGGAGGCCGAGUCGCGCGAGAAGAAGCGCAAGGCGCGCGAAGCCAAAGACGCCAAUGCGGAUGCCAUGUCGCACUUCGUCCCGACGAAGGAUGCCCUGCUCCAGCAGCGCAGGGAGGAGCAGCAGAUUAGCAAGAGGAGGAAGUUGGCGCUCCCGGCGCCGCAGGUGGGCGAGCGCGAGCUCGAGGACUUGGUCAAGAUUGGACGGGCGGGAGAGUCGGCGAGGGCGAUGGUGGACGAGAGCGGGAACGAGGCUAGUCAGGGCUUGUUGGGAGAGUACUCGGCUUUGGCGAACGCGAAGGACGCGAGGACGCCCAGGACCGCCCCGCAGCACGACAACGUUAUGGCCGAAGCGCGCAACCUGCGCAACCUGACCGCCCAGCAGACUCCGCUUCUCGGCGAGGAGAACACGCCCAUGCGCGAGCUCGUCGGCCGCACCGGUUUCGAAGGCGCCACGCCUCGCGGUCAAGUCGCUGCUACGCCGAACCCCCUCGCGACACCCUUCCGUGCCGGCCAAGCCGACGUCUCGGCCACUCCCGCCUCGAGCGUUGGCGCGACUCCUCUCCGCACGCCCGCUCGCGACAGUCUCUCGAUUAACGACGAGAACGCCUCGAUGUACGGUGCGACCCCUCGUGACCAGCGACACCACCUGAACGACGUCAAGCGCCAGCUGCGCGCGGGCUUCUCGACGCUCCCUCAGCCGAAGAACGAGUUCGAGCUCGUCUUGCCCGAGGAAGAGGAGGAGGCUGCGGCUGUCGAGGCUGCCAGUGCCGAGGUGGCGGAGGCUAUGCGGAUUGAGGACAGGGCUGAGCGGGAGGCGCGUCUCAAGGAGCUGCGCGAGAUUGAGGAGAGCAAGGAGCUUGAGCGACGGAGUCAGGCGGUCAAGCGGGGCUUGCCUCGUCCGAUCGAGGUCGACGCAGCAGCCAUGCUCGCCCAGCUCGAGCUCGAGUCGGACGAUUCGGACGCGCCGGAGCAGGACAAGUGGCGCCGCGAGGCCGAGCGCGCCGUCACCAUUGAGAUGAUCCGCCUCCUCGAGCACGACUCGAUCGUCUACCCCGUUGCGGGCAGCAAGCGACCGGGCGGAGGCAAGUCGACGCUCCCCCGCAUCGCCGACGAGGAACUCGCGGCUGCGCGCAAGACGGUGCACGACGAGAUCGCGCAGGCCGUCGGCUUGCCUGGCGCGUCCGAGAAGGUCUUGCGGCGAACGGUCGCGCUCUCGCCAGAGGAGUUCGACAAGGCCUGGCGCCCGAGCUACGACCGCCUCGCGUACGACGCCAAGACGGACCGCUACGUCGACAAGGAGUCGCUGUCUGACGCCGACCGGAUCGCCGGCUUCCGCGCGCUGAUCGAGUCGAACCGCGACAAGAUGGCGUCCGAGUCGGCAAAGGCAGCCAAGGCGGAGAAGCGACUCGGCCAGCUCCUCGGCGGCUACGUCGCGCGGUCGAAGACGCUCGCAGGCAAGCUCUCCGAGAACUACGACGACCUCGCACGGACGCGGAUUGAGCUCGAGUCGUUUGCGCGGCUGGCGACGAACGAGGAGGGCGCGAUUGUGCGCCGAACGGAGGCCUUGCGCGACGAGGUCGAGAAGCUCGAGCGCAAGGAGCGCGACGGCCAGAUGCGCUUCAAGGAGCUCCUCGACCUCAAGGAGCGACUCGAGGCAGAGGUCCAGGAGAUGGAGUACGCCGAGGCGGAGCGAAUCAACGAGCAGGCGCUUGCGAUGGAGGAGUGA